AUGAUGAACAGUCGAGCUAAUGUCCGACCAUAUAAUCCACAUGUUCUUAUUGGAAAUUGGCUUGAAGAUAGAGUUAUGGAAGAAGAAGUAUUGAAUAAUUUUCUUGACAAACGUUAUUCAGGUCAAUUAGCAUCACAAAAAAUGACUGAAGUUGAACGUAUGUCACAAUCAUUUCCAUUGAGUGUAUCUGGAGGUGAUGGUUCACUUCGUUUUGGUCAUCAAACAAUGCUUGCUAAUGCGUGGACACAUUCUGCUCAAUAUACAGGAGAAAAAUCACAAUUAAAUUGCUGUUUAGCACUUGGUAUACCACAUUCAUCAGGUAAAGAUGAUGGAGCAACUGAAGUAACAGCUACAGGAACAACAUUAGUGCGUUCAACAGCUCGUUCAGCUUUUAUUAUUCAAAGACCAAAUCUUGCUGUUGAUUCUCAAACAGUUAAAUAUGGUGAUGAAGUAAUGAUAUCCGAUACAAAUGGACAAUUAUUUUUAUCCUGUGUAAGAAGUUCAACACGUUCAGCAAGAACAUGUGAUGUUAUUUUUACAAAUAAUCGAAAUCGAGAUAGUAUUUGGGUUAUUAUGCAUCCAAGUUCACAUUUAAGAUUAGAAUUUGAAGGAACAGAAGUUAAAAUUGAUGAUAAGGUUGUACUUGCUCAUGCAUCUUCAAAUAAAUGUUUAUCAGUUAAUGAAGAACAUUCAAAUAGAUCACCAUAUGGACGUGAAUAUGAACUGUUAUGUGAAUUAUCUACUGGUAGUAAUUCAUCAUAUAAAUCACCAAUUCUUUGGAAAUUUCAAACUCAAUCAGCAUAUUAA